UGUUGUGUUACCAUGUCUUCUUCUGGGUUCCAAUCUUCAGGCACCUUGGCUGGAUGACAUUAAUCCAGCUCAGAUUCCAAAAAUGUACACUAAGCCUCUUCCCAAAUUUGAAUGUAGUGAGUAAAGUUCCACUCAGGGGCGGACUGACCAUUUGGAAACUCGCGCACUGCCCGAGGGCCCAGGGUCAGUAGGGAGCCCCAUGAGAUGCCCCUGGUACCUUUUUCAUAGGCUUUUUUGAGUUUGGGCAAGGACACAGGGGCCCCAUGAUCCCCUAUUGCCUGGGGGCCCCAUGA